GUUCUAAAAAAUGUCGUGAACUUUCGUUAGUCAUUCCGCCGCUCAUAUCCUCUCCUUGUCCAUCCCACUCCAAAACCCUUUUAGUUAUUCAUAAAAAAGCUCUUAGCUUUUCAAUUUUUGGGAGAGAGAGAGAGAGAGAGAUGCGUAAACUGCUGAUACUGUAUGGCACUCAGACUGGCAAUGCAUUGGAUGCAGCUGAACGUAUUACUCGCGAAGCUGAACGAAGAGCUUGCCCCGUUAACCUUCAAUCUGUCCAUGAAUAUGAUCCUGUGUGUUCUUCUUCCUCUUCUUCAUGUGUGAUUUCAUUUUCUUAUGGCCUUUCGUUUUGCACUGUUGGGUGUGGCAAAAACUGUUCUUUUGAAAUCAAAGUUGAAUUUUUUGCUGCUUUUUCAAUGCAAUGUUGCUUGGUUUAUGUACAGAGUUUGCUACCAGAUGAGGAGGCUGUUAUUUUUGUGGUUUCUACCACAGGCCAGGGUGAUACGCCUGAUUCCAUGAAGGUUUUUUGGAGGUAUCUUCUUCAGAGAAACCUAAGCCAGCAUUGGCUGAAAGGGGUUCUCUAUGCGGUUUUUGGCUUGGGUGAUUCUAGUUAUCAGAAGUACAAUUUUGUUGCAAAGAAGCUAGACAAAAGAUUAACGGACCUUGGAGGAACAUCUAUUGUGGAAAGAGGCUUGGGAGAUGAUCAGCACCCUUCAGGCUAUGAAGGUUCUCUAGAUCCUUGGAUGUCUUCUCUGUGGAGAAUGUUAAACGAGAUUAAACCAGAAUUCUUACCAAAUGGUCCUGAUGCUGUGAUUCAAGAUACAGUAUUGAUUGAUCAACCCAAGGUCCAGGUCACAUAUCAUGACGUUGAAAAUGUUGAGUCACAUUUUUCUAGUGCCUCAGAUUUAACGCAUCUUAAUAUUCAAAUUGGGAGUGCUCGUUCAAUGCAUCCUGGAAAAUCAUCUUCUGACGGAAGUAGACCUGGCUGCUUUCUGAAGAUGGUGAAGAAUCUUCCUUUGACAAUAUCGAACUGUGGAAAAGAUGUUCGGCAUUUUGAAUUUGAAUUUGUUUCACAUGCUAUUGAAUAUGACACUGGUGAUGUCCUUGAAAUUCUCCCUGGUCAAGAUUCGACUGCAGUUGAUGCUUUCAUACGACGUUGUAAUUUGGAUCCUGAUUCAUUCAUCACUGUUAGUCCUAGAGAAGUGAAUGAUCGCAAUGCUCAUGGAUCCAGAGUUCCUGUAAAAUUAAGAACUUUUGUGCAAUUUUCAAUGGAUGUAGCUUCAGCUUCCCCACGGCGAUAUUUCUUUGAGGUUAUGAGUUUUUUUGCAAUUGCAGAACAUGAGAUGGAAAGACUGAAAUAUUUUGCUUCACCUGAAGGAAGAGAUGACCUGUACCAAUAUAACCAGAAGGAAAGGAGAAAUGUUCUUGAGGUGUUAGAGGAUUUUCCUUCUGUACAAAUGCCAUUUGAGUGGCUAGUUCAAUUGGUUCCUCCACUGAAAACAAGAGCAUUCUCGAUAUCUUCUUCUCAAUUGGCACACCCCAAUCAAGUACACUUGACUGUGAACGUGGUGUCCUGGACAACACCUUACAAGAGGAAAAAGAAAGGACUAUGCUCGUCAUGGCUGGCUACACUAGAUCCCCACGAUGGCAUAUAUGUUCCUGCCUGGUUCCUUAAAGGUUCCCUUCCUACGCCAUCACCGUCCCUUCCCCUCAUACUUGUUGGGCCUGGGACCGGAUGUGCACCUUUUCGGGGAUUUGUAGAGGAAAGAGCAGUUCAAAAUAAAAACAAUUCCACUGCUCCAAUUAUUUUCUUCUUUGGUUGUCGAAAUGAAGAUGCUGACUUUUUGUACCGAGACUUCUGGUUGACUCAUUCACAGAACAAUGGGGUGCUUUCAGAAGCAAAAGGUGGAGGUUUCUUUGUUGCUUUCUCAAGAGACCAGCCUCAGAAGGUUUAUGUUCAACAUAAGAUGAGGGAACACAGCCAAAGGAUCUGGAACCUAUUAGCUGAGGGGGCUGCUGUUUAUAUAGCAGGUUCUUCAACCAAAAUGCCUGCAGAUGUAACAUCAGCUUUUGAGGAAAUUGUAUCCAAAGAAAAUGAGGUUUCAAGGGAAGAUGCAAUUAGGUGGAUUAGAGCAUUAGAUAAGUGUGGUAAAUAUCACAUUGAGGCAUGGUCUUAGAAUUCUUUCUCCUCUUUGGUCCAAUGUUCUUAUAAAUUUGUCUUCUACUCCUUAUUUUGGGUGGGAAGUUUAAGUGUCAAGAUCCAGCAUGAUGGCAUGGACGAUGGAUCAGAGUGAUGCAGAUAUUUUAUGGUAAAAUUGGACCUUUGGUAUUGUAAUUAUAGCCAAUAAUAGUUCCCUUAUUUAUUUAUUUUUGGGCUGCUUUAUUUUUUCUGGAUCUCUAGGUUUAAUUAGGUAGUACCAUUUGUAUUCCUCCUCCCUUCCUGCCCAAACAUUUGAUCUCAUAGAUUACAGUUUCCAAAAAUUUUCCAGUGAAUAUUUAUUUUUUAUUCUGAUUAU